GAGAAGGGGGGCGUCGGGGGCGGAGCCAGGGCGCGGUCUGGGCAUAUUAAGCUCUGGGAGGGCUCUGGGAUCCAGUUUCCUGCUCGCGCUCUCUCCUGUUUGCCGCUAUCUCCAGAGAUGCCGUCCUACACCAUCACCUACUUCCCCGUCCGAGGGCGAUGCCAGGCCACUCGGAUGCUCCUGGCUGACCAGGGCCAGACCUGGAAGGAGGACGUAGUGACCCUAGACACGUGGAUGAAGGGGGACCUCAAGGCCACCUGUCUCUAUGGCCAGCUCCCCAAAUUCACGGACGGAGCCUUCACCUUGUACCAGAGCAAUGCCAUCCUGAGAUACCUGGGGCGCAAACAUGGGCUCUAUGGGAAGGAUGAUCAAGAACGUGCUCUCUUGGACAUGGCCAAUGAUGGGGUGGAGGACCUCCGGAACAAGUACCUUGUCCUCAUCUACCAGAAUUAUGACGAGGGCAAGGACAAAUAUGUGAAAGACCUGCCUGCCCAACUGAAGCCUUUUGAGACCCUGCUGAAGCAGAACCAGGGAGGCAAGGCCUUUAUUGUGGGGGACCAGAUCUCUUUUGUGGAUUACAACCUGCUGGAUCUGCUGCUGAUUCACCAGACGCUGGCCCCGGGCUGCCUGGACACCUUCCCCUUGCUGUCUGCCUAUGUAGCUCGGCUGUCCUCCCGCCCCAACCUCAAGGCCUUCCUGGCCUCACCCCAGCACACUGGUCUCCCCAUCAAUGGCAAUGGCAAACAGUGAGGGCCCAGGCCUGACCCUUGUCUUGCAAUAAAGGCUUUCAGACAAACGC